GGGUGUCCGGGAAGGACGGAAGUGACGUUGCCCGGGCGGGGCCAGUCAAGUACAAUGGGCCAUGGAGUUCCCGUUCGAUGUGGACGCGCUGCUCCCGGAGCGCAUCACGGUCCUGGACCAGCACCUGCGGCCACCGGCCCGCAGACCCGGAACCACAACGCCAGCCCGUGUUGAUGUGCAACAGCAAAUUAUGACCAUUGUAGAUGAAUUGGGCAAGGCUUCUGCCAAGGCCCAGCACCUUCCUGCACCCAUCACCAGUGCAUCGAGGAUGCAGAGUAAUCGCCACGUUAUGUAUGUGCUCAAAGACACUUCUGCUCGACCGGCAGGAAAAGGAGCUGUUAUUGGUUUCCUCAAAGUUGGAUACAAAAAACUCUUUGUACUGGAUGAUCGUGAGGCUCACAAUGAGGUGGAACCACUUUGCAUCCUGGAUUUUUACAUUCAUGAGUCACUUCAACGCCAUGGCCAUGGGCAAGAACUCUUCCAGUAUAUGUUGCAGAAGGAGCGAGUUGAACCACACCAACUGGCCAUUGACCGACCCUCACAGAAGCUGCUCAAGUUCCUAAAUAAAUACUACAACCUGGAGACCACAGUCCCACAGUUGAUCCUUGCACAUCUCUUUGAGGUAAACAACUUUGUGAUCUUCGAGGGCUUCUUUGCCCAUCAGCAUCGGCCCCCUGCUCCCUCUCUGAGGGCAACUCGACACUCCGGCGCUGCUGUGGUUGAUCCUACACCUGCUGCUCCAGCCAGGAAGCUGCCACCCAAGAGAGCAGAGGGAGAAAUCAAGCCAUACUCCUCUAGUGACCGAGAAUUUCUGAAGGUAGCUGUGGAGCCUCCUUGGCCCCUAAAUAGGGCCCCUCGCCGAGCUACACCUCCGGUCCACCCACCCCCCCGCUCCAGCAGCCUGGGAAACUCACCAGAACGGGGUCCCCUCCGCCCCUUUGUGCCAGAGCAGGAGCUGCUGCGUUCCUUGCGCCUCUGCCCCCCACAUCCUACUGCCCGGCUUCUGCUGGCUACUGACCCUGCUGGCAGCUCAGCCCAGCGUCGCCGUACCAGCUCCCUUCCCCGCUCUGAUGAGAGUCGAUACUGACAAACAGCUAACCAGCUGCCAUCCCUGGGAGACCUUGGGUGGGCAGAGACCCUCUCCCCAAGAACUCCAGACCUACUCUUCCAAUGCUUCCUCUAGGAUCCAGUGGAACCUGACAGAAUCCAUGGGAUCCCCUCUUCCCCUUUCUUGGAUAACUGGGUUGUCAGGGUCCCAAAUGGCCAAAUACUUUGCAGUGUUUCUUGCCAGAAAAUGUAUCCCUUCUCUCUUAACUUGGUCUCUGAACACUCCCAGUCUGAAUUGCUGCCAGACUCCUUGGUUGUGCGCUUAUACUAAUUAUCCAGAUAAGCACACUCUGGCUUGCUGUCAGACUCCAGAAUACCAUGGAAGGUCCAAGGGCCUCCACUGCUAGAGAAACCUUUUAAGGAAUCUUGUCCAUGGAAUAAAUCCCAUAUUCACUCUACAGUGUCUACUGGUGGCCCUCAUACUGCUUUGUGCUACCUAAUAUACUUACCUUUCAGCAUGCUGAUGCCAGCCAGUGAGAUCUGCUUCAGAGAACUCCAGUUAUGUAGGACAGGGACUUGCAGCUCCAAAAAGGGAUCCACUUGACAUUGCUGAGCUCCUCAUUACAACAUGUUUUGUGUAUGUGUCAGUGAACCCCUCAGGUGAUGUCUGCUUUGGGGCUCUGAAGACUCGCCACACUUCUAAAGACACCACUACUUUCCCCAGACCCAGAUUCUGUGAGGGACUUUGUUUCUUGGCAGCAGAUCCCGGCAAGCACCCUGGGAUCACUCUUUGCCAUAUUUCAAAAGAUAAGUUGAGUCUUGAGGCUCUGUUAGCUCCCAGAUCCAUCCCUUCCCAGUAGCUAGAUGCUGAUAAUAUCCCUGUCUUGUGAGAUUGUCUUGAGAUGAAGGGGAACUCCUAUCUGCCCCCUCCCCCACACCUGUUAUACAGCAAGAACCUCUUUCCCUGCUCCAUACCGAUGGUAUAAAACACCCUCCUUCCUCCCUACCCUCUUUGGUAGAUCAAGUACUCCCACUAUGUUCCCCCAAAUCCUUGGGAGCAGGAUCUCCCUUUCUCCCUACUCAUUCUUCCUUUUUCUUCUCCCUCUCAGUGUUGUCUGAAUAAAGUGUGAAUUCCUUUGUGUUUUUUAAA